UUCCUCCAGUCUUCCCCAUCCACCCCCGCCCCGCCCGCGCUGGACACGUCGGGGCGGAAGUCGAGGUCCGCCCGCUCCACUGCAGGCGCCCCAGCUGAAGCGGCCCGCCUGGGGUCCGAGCCGGAAGGAAGUGGAGCGGACCGGACAGGAGCUGGCCCCCUGCUAGCCGGGUCCGAGCGGUAGCCGGGAUUUCUGGAACAGGCGUUCUAGGGGCCGAGGAGAAUGGGGACGGAGAGGCGGCUGCUCCCGGCCGCAGCCGCCCUGCUCUGGGGCUUUCUGCUAAGAAUGACAGCUGCUCGGGAAGGAAUCAUACAUGCAUAUGGAGAAGGAAAACCAUUACCAUCUAAAGAUUAUUGCAUGCUUUAUAAUCCCUCUUGGACGAAUCUUCCCACUACAAUAGAAAAUACAACUUCAUUUAGUUUGGAGAAUCUGACCACACCACUCUGCAACUCUUCUGACAUUCCUUCCACUGGAAUAAGAAAUAAAGUCGUUGCAGUAUCAUGGGGCACCUGUGAAUUUCUCGAAAAAGCUAAGAUUGCACAAAAAGGAGGCGCUGAAGCAUUGUUGGUUGCCAAUGACAGUUUAUAUUUUCCUCCAUCAGGAAACAAUUCUGAAUUUCAAGAUGUGAAAAUAUUGAUUGCAUUUAUGAGUAACAAAGACUUGAGAGAUAUGCAACAGACUCUUGGAAAUAACAUUUCUAUGAACUUCUAUGCACCAUCAUGGCCUACAUUUGAUUAUACUUUGGUAGUCAUCUUUAUAAUUGCUGUGUCAAGUGUGGCUUUAGGAGGUUACUGGAGUGGUGUCAGUGAAUUGGAGGACAUGAAGGCAGUGACAAAUACUGAAGAUAGAGAAAUAAAAAAGAAAGAAGACUCCUUAACUUUUACUCCACUUACAGUUAUAAUGUUUGUGGUUGGCUGUUGUGUUAUAAUUAUCUUACUUUAUUUCUUCUACAAGUGGCUAGUCUAUGUUAUGAUAGCAAUUUUCUGUUUGGCAUCUUCAAUGAGUUUAUACAACUGCCUUUCAUCACUAAUUAGGAAAAUACCAUAUGGACAAUGCAGGAUUGCUUGUGGCAGUAAAAGCUUUGAAGUGAGACUUCUUUUUCUUGCAGUAUUUUGUAUAUCUCUGGCUGUUGUUUGGGCUGUAUUUCGAAAUGAUGACAGAUGGGCCUGGAUUUUACAAGAUCUCUUGGGAAUGGCUUUCUGUCUGAAUCUAAUUAAAACAUUGAAAUUACCCAAUUUCAAGGCUUGUGUAAUACUUCUAGUUCUCCUCCUCAUCUAUGAUGUAUUUUUUGUUUUCAUAACACCAUUCAUCACAAAGAAUGGGGAAAGUAUCAUGAUCGAAGUUGCAGCUGGACCUUUUGGAAGCAAUGAAAAGAAUGGUGGAAACUUGGUGGAAGCCACUGCUCAGCCCUCAGCUCCCCAUGAGAAAUUACCAGUUGUUAUCAGAGUACCAAGGUUGAUAUAUUUCUCAGCAAUGAGUGUGUGUUUAGCCCCUGUUUCAAUAUUGGGUUUUGGAGACAUUAUUGUUCCAGGUCUCCUGGUUGCUUAUUGUCGAAGAUUCGAUAUACAUGUUGGUUCUUCUAUCUACUAUAUUUCCUGUGUAAUUGCAUAUGCUGUGGGCUUGGUACUCACUUUUAUAGUUCUGGUGCUAAUGAAAAAGGGGCAGCCAGCUCUUCUCUACUUAGUAUCUUGCACACUUAUUACUGUUGUGAUUAUUGCUUGGAGACGUAAGGAAGUGAAGAAGAUCUGGGAAGGCACUAGCUAUCAGGUGAUGGAAAACUUGGACUAUGGAGCUAGUGAAGAAAAUGUGACUACCAAUCAACAAACUGUCCAACAGUGAUAUUAGGUGAACCUGCAAUAAUCUGUUAUAUACAUUUUUCUACAAAUAGACAACAAAGUUUGAUUUUUUAAAAUAGGAAUUUUGAAUGGGAAAUUUAAAAGAAUCUUCAAUAAUUUGUACUGCUUGCAUAUGUAUUUUUUUAUGAGCUGGUACAAAGUACACCAUAAAUAAUGAAAAUGUAUUUUAAGAGCCAAAAUGUUAGUUGUGCCUUCACAUUAAAUAAAAGCAUAUGGUCUGUGCAAUUUUCAAA